CGUCUAUGUGGGAUGUGACAUAAUAACUUCCAAGAUUCAUAAAACCUCCCACCAAUUUUAUUCAUAACUUAUCACGAUACCCUCUCUCAUCUCUGCCAUCGUACACAACAAAUCCAUAUCAUAUUAUACCCGGGCGCAUAGUGUCUACAAUAUUUACGUUGUACCCCGAGUCAUCCAAAACAAGCGCCUGGAAUCCGCACAUGUAGUUGAUCUAUACCGCGAUCAUGCCAGCUCGAGUGUCCGCAAGGUCUGCGCGCAGCUCUGCUGCCGUAUCUAAUAAAGCGUCCAACGCGGCGGGGAAUUCGCGCGCCUCUGCCGCAUCCCGUGUAUCGUCUUCCAGCGUCGACAUCCCCGAAGAGGCCCCCGAAAAUGAACUGCGGACGCAAAUAUGCGCAAUAUUCCGCGAUGCGCAGAAGACCACCGCCACUCAUAGGAAACUAGUCGUCAACCUCCGUAAGAUUCACGAGGCUUGCUGUUAUGAGCCGACACGUCCUAAGAAGGCCGUUUCUACUGAUUUCAAUGAAACCGACUUCAACAACGAAUUUUCGCGCUGCGUACUCAGAGCCAUGCCUGUGAAAAAGAGCGAGGGCGUCGGCGAGAAGACAAUACGCUUCGUCGGUUUGUUCCUACGACAUGCCAAUGACAAGGACAACGAGCUACUAGGAGAAGAAGACGUCGAUGCUAGUACCAUGCCCGAAACUCCAAGCACUCGUCUCACCACUCAGGUCAUGGAAGCUAUCUUGCCUUUGCUAACCGCUAAGGACAAGUUCGUCAGAUAUAGAUCAACCCAACUGAUCUCCCACGUCAUCAACUCAUUGGACGCCAUUGAUGACGACUUAUUCCAGAAGUUGCGUUAUGGCCUCCUGAAGAGGAUCCGCGACAAGGAAGCUAUGGUUCGUUCACAAGCUGUGCUCGGUCUCGGAAGAUUGGCCGGCAACCAAGUUGAGGGCAUGGUCAAUUCGGAUGAUAGUGAUGACGACGCUGAGACCGGCUUGCUCGAAAAGCUUCUGGAGGUUUUACAGAACGACCCCAGCGCCGACGUGAGGCGUUCGCUUCUUGUCAACCUACCGAUUCUUCCGAACACUCUCCCCUAUCUUCUAGAAAGGGCUAGAGACCAAGAUCCAGCCACUCGCCGCGCAGUUUACUCUAGAUUGCUACCUGCACUCGGCGACUUCCGACAUCUCUCCCUUUCGAUGCGAGAGAAGUUGCUCCGGUGGGGACUGCGGGAUAGAGAUGAGAAUGUCCGAAAGGCUGCCGGAAGAUUAUUCCGCGAGCGUUGGAUUGAGGAUUGUGCCGGCGUCAAUCCGCCCGAGGAUGGCGAGCAGCCGGCUACAUCUGCCCCCCCGACCUUGGAUGGGCUACUCGAAUUGCUUGAACGUAUAGAUGUUGUCAACUCUGGCGUUGAGAAUGGUGUUGCUUUGGAAGCCAUGAAGGGCUUUUGGGAAGGAAGGCCGGAUUACCGAGAUGCCGUGGAAUUUAAUGACAGUUUCUGGGAGACUCUCAGUGCCGAAUCAGUUUUCAUUGCCCGGAGCUUCAACGACUUCUGCCGGACCGAAGGAAAUGGGAAGUACGAGUCUUUGAUCGAGGAGAAACUUCCCGAGGUCACUAAGCUUGCCUUCUUUCUCGAACGUUACCUAAAUGUCCUAAUUGAAGCCAUCAAGAGAGUUAGCAGCCAGGACAACACGGAAGAAGACGAGGAAGAAGAUACGGUCGAACAAGAGUUCAUUGUCGAGCAACUCCUACACAUUAUUCUCACCUUGGAUUAUUCGGACGAAGUCGGUCGACGCAAGAUGUUUGCCCUGUUGCGGCAAACUCUGUCCAUACCUGAGCUGCCUGAUGAGAUUACUAAACUAACCAUCGAGGUGCUUCGAGAUAUAUGCGCCCCGGAUACUGCGGGCGAAAAGGAAUUUUGCAGUAUCGUGCUUGAGGCGGUUGCGGACGUCCACGACACCAUUGUCGAUGAUGAAUCUGCAGUCGGCGAUGGUGAGGAGAGUUUCCAUUCGGCACGCUCCGAAGUCAGCGGCGACAGCACCCCCACUAAGAAUGGAAAACACGGCGCAAACACUAGCAUAAGCGAGGAGGAAGCCCGGGAGAAAGCGAUCAGGGAGAUCAUGAUCAACAUGAAAUGCCUACACAUCGUCCAAUGCAUGCUCUCCAACGUCGAAGGGACUCUCCAGGAGAACGACCACUUAGUGUCCAUGCUCAAUAAUCUAGUUGUCCCUGCAGUCCGCAGCCACGAAGCUCCGGUUCGGGAACGUGGAUUAGUUUGUCUAGGGCUAUGUUCACUCCUCGACCGGCCGCUCGCCGAAGAAAAUCUGACUCUUUUUAUGCACUUCUUUAGCAAGGGCCAUUCCGCUCUCCAAAUCACUGCACUCCAGAUUUUAACUGAUAUUUUGAAUGUUCACGGAGCGCAACUACUCUCGGCAAACCCGGCACUGUUGAAGGUGUAUGUCCGAGCACUCCGUUCUGGUUCUAAAAACCCGGAAGUUCAGGGCGCGGCAACUGUUGCUGUCUGCAAAUUGUUGCUAGGCCGCGUAGUAACAGACCACGAUACAUCGUCGGAACUUCUCAAGACACUGAUAGUUGCCUACUUCGACCCUUCGACCGCAGGAAACCAGAGUGUUAGGCAAGCGCUCAAUUAUUUCCUCCCCGUGUUCUGCUAUUCGAGAGCUGAAAACCAGGAGCUCAUGGGUUCCGUGGCACUCGAUGCCCUACAUGCUCUCUACAACGUUAGGGAAGGCAUCGAUGACGACGACAUGGACGUCGGUGACGAGAUGGCUAGCCUCAACACCAUCGGCGCCUGUUUAGUCGACUGGACGGAUCCUCGAAAGUGUUACACGCCUGGCAUCCCUAUGGAUGCAGACAAGAAAAAUGUGAAUGGAGAUGUCCAUCUAGACCUGGCGAGGGAUAUUCUUGAGAAGUUGAAUAGCAACUUUAGCAAGGAAGAGAAAAAGGUCAUCGCGCCUUUACUAGGGAAAUUAUACAUCUCACCAGCCUCUUCAGAAGAUAAGAUUCGUAGUCUCUAUGAAGACAUAUCAGUAGCAGUCGAAGAGAAUAUCCUGUCGGAUGCCACAAGCAGGAAUGCUCUCUACAAGAUUCACGUGAACCUAGGCAAAAUCGUGAACCAGCUUGGGGAACAAGACAAGAUGUCUAGGCGUAGCGCCAGUAGGAGCGUUUCCCUUGCCCCUGAUGACAAGACCAUCACGGAAGAUGUGACCGUCGUCCCAGCGCCGGUGAUCAAGGAAGAGCAGGGAGAAGAGGAUAUAGAAGAGGAGGCUGACGUCUCUAAUUCCACGAUUCGUCGUAGUGAGGCGGAUUCAAUAGUAGAGGACCUGCUGUCGGAUGAGGAGGAAUGAAGGCCGCAGUCAGCAUACAUGCCGUAGGAGCCAUGUUCUAAUUUAAUGCGACUAAUGAGAGAAUGACCGUUUCUUUGCAUAGCAUGGUCCUCAAGAUGGGUAUCACAAAUCACGUAAAUCAAAACCUAAGCCUUACAUGAAUAACCCAAGGGCCAGUACUCUCUCCCUA